AUGCCACCAGAGCUUUAUGCUACCAAAGCUUUAUGCCUCCAGAGCUUUAUGCCACCAGAGCUUUAUGCCUCCAAAGCUUUAUACCACCAAAGCUUUAUGCCUCCAGAGCUUUAUGCCUCCAGAGCUUUAUGCCACCAGAGCUUUAUGCCUCCAAACCUUUAUACCACCAAAGCUUUAUGCCUCCAGAGCUUUAUGCCUCCAGAGCUUUAUGCCUCCAGAGCUUUAUGCCACCAAAGCUUUAUGCCACCAGAGCUUUAUGCCACCAGAGCUUUAUGCCUCCAAACCUUUAUACCACCAAAGCUUUAUGCCUCCAGAGCUUUAUGCCUCCAAAGCUUUAUACCACCAAAGCUUUAUGCCACCAUAGCUUUAUGCCUCCAGAGCUUUAUGCCACCAAAGCUUUAUGCCUCCAGAGCUUUAUGCCUCCAGAGCUUUAUGCCUCCAGAGCUUUAUGCCUCCAAAGCUUUAUGCCUCCAGAGCUUUAUGCCUCCAGAGCUUUAUGCCUCCAGAGCUUUAUGCCUCCAGAGCUUUAUGCCUCCAGAGUUUUAUGCCUCCAGAGCUUUAUACCACCAGAGCUUUAUGCCACCAGAGCUUUAUGCCACCAGAGCUUUAUGCCUCCAAAGCUUUAUACCACCAAAGCUUUAUGCCACCAAAGCUUUAUGCCUCCAGAGCUUUAUACCACCAGAGCUUUAUGCCACCAGAGUUUUAUGCCACCAGAGCUUUAUGCCUCCAAAGCUUUAUACCACCAAAGCUUUAUGCCACCAAAGCUUUAUGCCUCCAGAGCUUUAUGCCUCCAGAGCUUUAUGCCUCCAGAGCUUUAUGCCUCCAGAGCUUUAUGCCUCCAAAGCUUUAUGCCUCCAGAGCUUUAUGCCUCCAGAGCUUUAUGCCUCCAAAGCUUUAUGCCUCCAGAGCUUUAUGCCUCCAGAGCUUUAUGCCUCCAGAGCUUUAUGCCACCAAAGCUUUAUGCCUCCAGAGCUUUAUGCCUCCAAAGCUUUAUGCCUCCAGAGCUUUAUGCCUCCAGAGCUUUAUGCCUCCAGAGCUUUAUGCCUCCAGAGCUUUAUGCCUCCAGAGCUUUAUGCCUCCAGAGCUUUAUGCCUCCAGAGCUUUAUGCCUCCAGAGCUUUAUGCCUCCAGAGCUUUAUGCCUCCAGAGCUUUAUGCCACCAAAGCUUUUGCCAACGUUGAAUAUAACAAUUUUGAAGGGAAUUACAAAGCCGAAAAUUACGUUCAAUGAUUAUUAA